AAUGAAGAAGCUUUACGAAUAAACACAUAUAAUUAAAGGAUGGGAAAAAUAAACGAAGAAUCCAGAUGGAUUGAUACUACAAAACUUUACACUACCUUCCAAAAACCUAAGCAAAACGAAAAGAAAAGACAAGCAUCUGAGCCUGCACUUGACAACAAAGGCACAUCAGCGGUUGUAGACCUACCAAAAUCCCUCGUUAGCCAUGGUAACACUGUGCAGUGUGCAUAGCAACAACGAAUAAACAUGGCGGUCAAACAUGACCGUGAAGAAGUCAAUGGCUGUUCUUUUGCUGUAUUUUCCUCACAAUUUGGCGUUUAAUACAGAAUUCUGAAAUAUAUCGAGGAUCCGAGUUUCGCGAUGUCAUUUUCAUCAAACCAAAGCUCCAGAUCUCUGGUGAAUAACUAUGAACUGGCUCUACUUGAAGCAAAUCAUUUGAGACAGGUUCCUACCAGUUCCAAACUAUACAAAUGUUUUGAGAUGUUUGACGAGGUUAUUCCAAUGUUGGGGCAAUAUAAAAGGGUUAUGAAAAUAAUGCGGGAUCAAUUGUACGACGCUGUAUUUAGCCGGCAAUAUACAGUAGAUAUUGAGAAUGAAACUCUUGGUCCUUCCUCAAAUAAAGGGACCACGUCGGUUGCUAUUAAGAACACUUCUAUUGAACGUGUUCCGUAUUUUGAAAUUUCGAAUAAACUCUUAGAUGAAAGAAACCACCGUGCUGAAAUAGCUGAAGAACAAGUUGACCAACUGAAAAACAUUGUUCAAGAAUUAAAUGACGAAAUUGCUGCCUUUAAAAAGAACAUCUCUGACCUAGAAUCGGCUGUUGCAAAACAAGAAGACGAGAUUCAAAACCUGCGAACUAAUCUAGUUGCUGAAGAGCAGGAGAACCAAAAACUUGAUAUCGAACUACGCUAUCAACGGGAGAAAAUGAAUAGGAGAGAAAAAGAUUUUGAAAACUCCGUUCAAGAUCUCAACGAACAGCUUGUGCAGGAGAGCGGUAAAGUUCACGAGUUGAGUCGCUUUAAGACAUGCCAUGAUAAUGUCCAGAGUGAAUUUCGUGAUCCAACUGCAUUUUUACCUCUACCGCAGAGAGGAUUGUUUUCAAUGAAAGAGCAGAAACUACGUAAGGAUAUCGCAGAAGGAACAACGUUAGAAAACCAGCUGUUGUUUCUCAGAAAUACAUGCAUUGACAAUUACGACGAUUUUUUGGAGGAACACCAUAUUGAACAGAACAGCAAUAGCUCAAAAAGAAUAAGUAAAUCUAGUUUUAACAAACAACCAGCAAACAACAAUAUGUCGACAGAUGAAGAACGUAAGAGACGCGAAACCGCUUUUGUAAACAUGAUCGAUGAUAUUGAAAACGAGCUUGCUCAGAAUGUACAGCACCUCUCGAUUUUAAAAAACGAUUUAGAUAAGAUUAACGAGGUAAAAAGACAAUCAAAGCAUUUUGAGAACAUGCUAGAUGAUGAGAAGUCCAUGGACGAUGAUUUGGCGUUGCUUGGAAUUAUAAAAGACGCGAGCAUGAAUUAUAAAUUUGUUCCACAAGAAUCAAUCUUAAGCAAGUAUGCUAUUGUUGUGCUGUAUUCAUGCAAUCAAGGCAAGACAUUCCAAGAGCUACCUGGUGUCAAACCCUGUAAAAGUUGUGCAACCAAAACGCUCGUAUGUCCACAUAGGGUAACAAAUGAGGAGAAGGUGUUUCACCUACCGUUACAGUGUACACAUAUCAAAUUCACAAGACCAGAGCUACAAGUUUCACAUCCCUCAAAAUCUGACUUUCCAGUUUCGAAUUUGUCAAAACAAGGACAAUCUAACAAAGUUUAUCCUAAAAUUUGGAAUGAUUUAGCACUACGCGAAGGCAGCAACCUUAAACGAACCCCAAGAGUUUUGAAAACAGACUUUUUACUUUCUCUUAUUGAGCAGUUUUAUGCGAGUGUCGUCCUAGAUGAUGGUAACGGAGAUGAAGUACUCUUGCCCGUGUUACAGACAUGGUACGAUUUCCUGAAUAACCGUUAUCAAUCAAAACGCGUUGCUGUUGUUGUCGCCAGGGACGUGGUGGAGACAAUUCAAAGCAGUGUGCCGCUUCAGCCAUUUGUUCAAAUGUUUGCAGAAUGCUUGUGUGGUAACCUUGAUCCCGCUACUUUUCGAUACUUCUUAUUGCUGCGUCGGUUAAUACAGAUUGUUCAAUGGACAUCUUUUGAAGAUUUUAGAGCAUUCGCUUCGAUUGUGUAUCAGUUUAUGGACGUAGAUGAUUUGGAGCAGUUUACCAUGAGCUACCGAGCGUUCAGCGAAAACACGAUUGAUGAAACACUCGUACGAGAGUUCUUUUUAUCCCUGAUUUUAAAGUUACGCGAGCCGGCGUUUCAUGAAAUGGAAAACCAACUUUUGAGUCGCCCGGAGGUUAGUCAUGGAGUUAUGACGGACAUCGCUUUCAUUGAAUCCAUUGCCGAAAUAUCUCCAUUGAGUUCCCAACGACUGUGCCAACGCCUCUAUGGUCAAUCGAAAGCAGACACCGAAGGCAAUCAUGUUUCCAUAACACGUCUCUCCCAAAUCGCCUGUUAUAUCGUUCUUCAUCAGCAAGCGGCAGUGAUGGAAAUGGAAAUUAGAACUAAACUUCAAAUAAAGAAAAUUUAGCAUUUGGGAUAGAUUAUAUACGGCACGAGUAUACAACUUCGCGUGUCAUCAAUAUACGUUGUAAGGUAACUUUUACGUAAAGUCCGUGAGCUAAUACAUGCUUGACAAAUUUUUACCUUAUGAGAAUUAUGGCUACUACAGCACAAAAUGUUGUCUUUAAGUGCAUGCAAUAACACCGUUUGGAAUGUUUUUCAAAAGGGGCAUGUUUUGUAUGCACGCAUGCGUGCAUUCAUAUAGCCCGAGCUAGCCCAGUUAAACCUGUGGUUAAACGAGUCGACUCGUUUGUUUAGGACCAUAACUGUAAGAUAUAAGUAAUGGAUAUAAAGUAACUUGUAAAAGUUUAGUUUGGAAGCUGAAUCAUAUCAAAGUCUAAGGAAUUAGAACUCCAAAUUUUAGUUUGUAAA